AUGCCUACAGCCAGCAAAGCCAGUCCGGAAAUCUGGCUUGAGAUUGGUUAUUACGUCGACUCAUUUCAUGAGCUGGCCGCUCUUGCACGGGUCAACCGAAUGUUGUACGGAAUAUUUCAAGUCGACCUAUACUGCAAAGCCGUCAGACAGUCAUGUACGGAAAUCACGGUUCUUGCUGCUGCCAAGGGCAAUCUGGACACCCUCAAAGUCGCUGCGGCAUUCGGUGCGGACCUGAACAGAGUCUACGGAAUCCCACCUCCUAUUUGGAAUCAUGACGGAAGCCGAGAACCGAUUAGAAUCCCACUCGAUCAGUGUUGGGCAACCCCACUGCAUCUUGCUGUUCAACAUGGACACGAAGAAAUUGUCAGAUGGCUUGUGCACGUGCAGAAAGUCAAGGUCAACUCUCCUGGUCGAUUCCUGUGUCCAUGCAUGCCUGCAAUCGUCCGCCUUGGCAUGAAUUACGGUGGGCCAAGAACUAGCAUGGGAGCAUGGUCGUCGCAUCCUGUCUGGACGCCUCUUCAUCUUGCCAUUUGUCAGAACCAUGAGUCUAUAGCUCGCGAGCUUCUUGAGAAUGGCGGCUCCCACGACACACUCAUCGCUCGUGAAAACCUACCACCCUUCGAAAAUGGGGCUUGGAAGGUGUUGUCAGUCCCUGAUGGGGCUUACAGGCCACAAAUGUACGCGAGGGAUCACUGGAAGUCAGUACCCAACGUCAAACUACCCCAUAUUGCCGCGCUGUCAGGGUCCGAGGCCAUCAUGACACUCGUCGUCAGAGACCUUGGCGGAGAUGUGAAUGCGGUGGAUGCGACUGCCGCAACACCACUUCACUACGCCAUCAUCGAAAAGGACGAAAUGAUGGUUCGUCAUCUUCUAUCAUUGGGUGCGGACCCAGAUUGUCAGCAGAAUCAUUUCCAGCAUAGCGUGCCAACGGGCGGCAUGCGUUGGGGCGCGCUUGACUUUGCUCUUCGAUAUGACCCAAGAAUGGCAAGCAUACUCCUCAAGCACGGGGCUUCGGUGUGGAAUCCAAGGCUUAGGUCUGGACCCAUUGAAUCUUCUCUGAAGAGCAUCAUCUGCUAUCACGAUGUCAACGCUGUUCCUCUGGAUCUCCGCCUUUUUCUCCGACUCACGCGACAACAAGAACGCCGACGAAGUUUGAGCACCUGGGCUGCUUUCGAAUUUCGUCUCGCCGAGGAAGAGAUUCAGGCUACGUUUUUCCGAGCCUGCCAGUCUAUCGCUUUCAGUACACAAGAUCUUGAAGCCUUCAUUGAUGAGGGAGAGCUGGAGCUUGGAAGCACGCCAAUGAAUAAGGCAUUGCAAUUGCAACUCAGUCUGCCGCCACAUAAAAUCAAGAGGGUCACCACAGCCAGUAAAGAUUGGGAACUGGUAAACUUCGACACAUCAAAAAAUUCACUUGCGUCGCUGGCGCUGUGUUUGACGAUAAGGGUCAUACGACCCCAUUAUAACGCAUAUACUACUGUCCGUUGGCUUCUCGACAAGGGUGCGGCCCCAACUAUAGAGUUGCAAGGAGGUGUCGAGAUCUCUAUUCUCGCAAUUCUGCUGAAACAGAUUGACAAAAGCUGGGUUGCGCACCUUAAUGAGCCACCUAUCAACUGGGAACAAAACCCGCUUCGCGAUAUCGCACGUACCAUCGUUCUUCUCCGAGACCGAGGCGCUUGGUCACUACGGCGAAAUGAACACACAGCCAAGAAUCUGAAAAGGGAAUUUGGAUAUGCCCUAGAUCGUCUGUUUCCUCAUGACAUGAGAGCUAGAAGCUUUAGUGUCCACGAUGCGCUGACAAGGGCGGUAUCUCAGUUUGAGCAGGAUUGUGGAAUGUACAUGGCGUAA